AAUAAUGACGUGUCGUUUGUUUUGAAUUGUAAAUUCUUUUGUCUGGUAUUCAUUUAGCGAAAAUGUCAAUUAAAAUGUCCCAAAUGACAAUUCAGUAUGAGACAAAAAACACGAAAUUAAUCAAUUCACCCCUUUCCACCCAAAAUCAAAAAUUCGAAACGAGAAUAAAACGUGAAAAAAGAUAUUCAGGAAUUUUCGAACCCUGCAAAAAGGAUGGAAAAAUUAUCGCGCACAGAGCUUCAGUGGAAGAUUUAAUUUCAGGAAAUUUAUCAAGUGACGAUAUAAAAACUGUAUUGCAAUCUACUAAACGAAAAAAUGCUUCUUAUACCGAUAUUUCGAUUACAUCGACAAUGAGAGAUAUUAAUUUUAAUACAGCUGAACAUGUUGCAACAAAAGAUUACGAAUUUCAAACUCACCUACAUGUGUAUCAUAAAAGAAAAUGUCCAAUGAAAAAUGAUCAAAAACAUCAGAGGUACUCCUUAGAAGAUCCCAUGGAAGGAACAUACUCAAAUUUGUAUAAAGAACUGAGUGAAAUAUCAAAUAAGCCAAUGGUUCGAGAAAAUUAUUUAAACGAUGAUAAAGAAAAAUAUAAAAACGUCUCAACCAAUGUCACCUACCAUAAGAAACAUGCAGAUUUUGAGGAUGAGAUACACUAUGAAACAGUUAAAAAUUAUAAAUCGAGAAAAUCAACUAAUAAAAACUCAACCAAAGAAAACAUGAAGAAAAAUCAAAUAGUAGUUACAAAUAGUACAUCCAAAAUUAAUAUCAAACAAUCCAAAUUUGAAUUUUGGAGAAAGGAGAAUGUUACUCGAAAGUCUUUGAGCAAAAAAGAUUAUUCUGAAGUACCACCAAAAACUGAGGAAAAUAUAAAUACAAUGUGUAAUCUAACUCUAAGUAUGGAACAUCUUUCAAAUGAAGAACUUUGUCAAAUAAAGAAAUCUAAUGAGGAACAGAAGAAAUCUGAAACAAUGUCAAGUAAAGAAUUAACAUUUGAAAACAACUGGUAUGAAUGUCCUGAGAUUUUGAAAUAUUAUACAGACAAGAGCGUAAACAAGUUCAACAAUCUGGAAACGAUUUUUGAACAACCAAAAGGCGAAAAUAUAAUGGGCAAACGUAAACUGAAGAGAUAUUUGAAUUUGGAAGAAGUGUUCAACACAAAAAAACAAUUCAAACGAAGAAUUAAAGCAAGAAAAUUGAAUCCCCGUUUUAGAAUGGAACCUUUGCAUUUGGAUGAAUUGAAAAUAGAUAUGUUGAAAGAGAAAGAUUUUUUUGGCUAGAUUUUUUUUCAGAUUGGUUUUAUGAAAUGUCACUUACUAUUAGGUUUGAUACCCAAAUGAACAAUAAAAAUAUUUGCAUUAAAUACAGAAUACACAAGCUGAUACUUUUGAAUUGAUGUCUUUGAUUAUGAUGUUUUAAAAAUGCAUUGUGUAGAUCAAUUCAUCAUUUGGAAUAUCAUUUAAUAAAAUUUACUAUUUUUCAUUGAAACUGAUUUUUAUAUUUUUUAAUUUUAACCAUAUUAAAUUGUUGACAAAA